AUGCCGGUGACCUCAACGUCAAGGAUUCUUUCGUUCUUUCUUUCUUUCAUUUCCUUUCUUUCUUUUUUGAUUCCUUUCUUUUCCUUCUUUCUUCUUUUAUUCCAUUUUUCUUACUUCCUUCCUUCUUACUCUUUUCUUCCUGUUUUCUUUCUUUCUUUUUUGUUUCCUUUCUUUCUUUCUAUCUUUUUUAUUUCCAUUCUUUCUUUUUUCUUUCCUUUUCUUUUCUUUUUUUUGUUUUUUUUUCCUUUUUUUGUUUUUUCUUCCAUUUUUUUCUUCCUUCCUUCUUUCUUCUUUUUUGUUCCUGUUUUCUUUCUUUCUUUUUUCUUUCCUUUCGUUCUUUCUAUCUUUUUUAUUUCCAUUCUUUCUUUUUUCUUUCCUUUCUUUCUGUCUUUCUUUCUUUCUUCUUUUUUUGUUUCCUUUCUUUCUUUCUUUCUUUCUUUCUUUCUUCUUUUUUUGUUUCCUUUCUUUCUUUCUUUUUUCUUUCCUUUCUUUCUUUUUUGUUACCGUUCUUUUCCUUCUUACUCUUUUCUUCCUGUUUUCUUUCUUUUUUCUUUCCUUUCUUUCUUUCUUUCAUUUUUCUUUCCUUUCUUUCUUUCUUUUUUCUUUUCUUUCUUUUUUUCUUUUCCUUCCUUCUUUCUUUUAUUUAUUUUUUUUUCUUCCUUUCUUUUUUUUUCCUUCCUUUCUUUUUCUUUCUUCUUCUUUUCUUCCUUUUUCAUUCUUCCUUCCUUCCUUACUUCCUUCCUUCCUUCCUUCUUUCUCUUUUCUUCCUGUUCUCUUUCUUUCUUUUUUCUUUCCUUUCUUUCUUUCUUUCUUUUUUCUUUCCUUUCUUUCUUUCUUUAUUUUUUGUUUCCUUUCUUUCUUUUUUGUUUCCGUUCUUUUCCUUCUUUCUUCUUUUCUUCCAUUUUUAUUCUUUUUUCCUUCCUUUUUACUCUUUUUUCCUGUUUUCUUUCUUUCUUUUUUUUGUCUCCUUUCUUUCUUUCUUUCUUUUUUGUUUCCUUUCUUUCUUUCUUUCUUUUUUGCUUCCUUUCUUUUCCUUCUUUCUUUUAUUUCUUCUAUUUUUCUUUCUUUCCUUCUUACUCUUUUCUUCCUCUUUCUUUCUUUCUUUCUUUCUUUCUUAUACCAUUCCUAUUGCCUCUCUUCCUAUACGCAUUCAAACGAACGUUUUACACAUCAACUUACAAAUCUUCUAAACAAUCUCCCUAUCAUUUUAUGCGAUCUACUUGUCUUUUCCUUUCUACUUUUCGUUUCUUCAUUCAGGAACCACACCUUUUUUUUCUUCUUUUUUUUUCCUCGAGCAACCAGGUAAUCUAUCUAUCUAUCUAUCUAUCUAUCUAUCUAUCUAUCUAUCGAAUCUUUCUAUCUCUCUAUCUAAUAUAUCUCUCAAUCUCUAUAUCGAAUGUAUCUAUCUCUUUAUGUAAUCUAUCUAUUUAUCUAUCUAUCUAA